UUUCCAACCGGAAGUAUUUUCGAGGCGCACACAUUACAAUGGCAACAUGUUCGAUAAGUAGCGGGGAUAUCGAUGAAAUAAAUGAUCCAGGAGCCGCUCCUUAUGGCAACUUUAUAAACUAUUACACCUUCAAUCCUCCGGAGAACCGUUUGAGCCUGAUUCCAGCCACAUUACUCCAGGAUUUAGGUUACAGAGACGGCCAUCAGACCACACUGAUCCUGGACGUGGGGUGUAAUUCAGGGGAACUGAGUGUAGCCUUUUACCAGCAUCUAGUGCAGGAGUCUGUGUGCCAAGAAGAGUCCGAUAAGUGGAAAGUUAAUCUCCUGGGCUUCGACUUGGAUGAGAUCCUCAUUCAGAGGGCUCAGCAGAACAACCCUCGGCCUCGCAGCAUCUCCUUCAUCCCCCUGGACAUCACUAAAGACAACGACCAGCUGCAGGAUUACCUCGACCACCACGGCUGCUCCCACUUCCACCUGUGUCUUUGCCUGGCUGUCACCAUGUGGGUCCACCUAAACCACGGAGACUCCGGCCUGCUGCAGGUGCUCUCUCGCCUGGCCUCCAUCAGCCAGCACCUCCUGCUGGAGGCGCAGCCCUGGAAGUGCUACCGCUCUGCGGCCCGGCGGCUGAGGAAGCUGGGCCGCUCGGACUUUGACCACUUCAAGACCCUGAAGAUCCGUGGGGACGUAGCAGAACAUGCCAGGGAGCACCUGGAGACAAACUGUGGCAUGGAGCUCAUCCGGAGCUUCGGCAGCACUACAUGGGAGCGCAAGCUGCUGCUCUUCAAAAGGAGAUGAAACUAAAAGGGACAACGUCAGUCAUCAUCUGCCGCUGCACAUGAGAUGCAGGGACACGAUCAGGAAGACCAAAGAAAUCAAUGUUGGGAAUGGGAGAAAAGUAAAGUUGAUCGACAUUAAUCUGCAACGAUUAUGACAAGUUCAAGUCACUUUUCAAGUAAAAAUGCUGACCAUUAACUGUCUCCAGCUUGUCAAAUGUCAAGAUUUGUGUAUAUUAAAUGAUAUUAAACUGAG